UUAUAGUUUGAACGUAAUAUUCAACGAUUCAAAGAAAUAAUAUGGAUAAUAUUUUAAUAACAUAAUCGGAUAUGGAAAAUUAUUUAUGCAAAGUUACAGCAAAAGUAAAAUUCAAACAUCAUUCUGAUAAAAUAUUUAAGACUCAUUGCGGCCAUCCAACGUAAAAUUAUCGAUUUAUCUUACGAAGAAACUAAAGAAACAUUAUUAAUUCUAUUAAAAAUGCAUUUUAUCGAGCAUUUUAACCAGACAUUUUCUUGGGAUAAAUUCGAUUAUCGAAUAUUAUCGUCGAAAGGGAUAAACGAACGAGGAUAAAGGAGGAGCGAAGAAGAAAGAGACAGAUCAGGUCAUAACGAUGCAAGUGGGUUUUGAUCUGUGUUGGCGACGUCUUGAAGGUUGACCGGAAAUUCGGAAGAGGUGGUCGGUUCUGGAGAAUUAGCACUGACCUAGGGAAGGCCUCGAGGUCGUCGAUGGCACACAUUCCGAGUGUGCCUAUAUUAAGUUAACUGCUUCAUAGCUGCCGAUUGGACGGCUGGUUUGCCAUUGCCAACAUAUAGGUAUAUACGGCAGGGCAUAGGCAAUGCCAAUUGCACGCAUCCGCAAAUUUGCCACCAACUGGCACGCUUAUGUUAUAAAGUUACUGUGGCUCUACCUAAGUGGUUCCUCUCUAAGACAUUGUAUGGGUAAAGGUGUGCUCACAACAAUUUCUUUCACAUCGUACAGGAGUUCCUUUGUAAAAGAAUGGAGGAAGAAAGUGGAAGAGAAAAGUGAAAACUUGGUAUUGGGCUCUUACAUAGUUUCUCUUCUAACAGGACUCGUUUUAAGUAGAAAAACUGGUGAAAUUAAUCUUCUUUGAGGAGUACAGGAUUAUGGGUAAAGUAUAAGUUUGAAAUCUGAAAGAUGAGAGAUUGUAAUGGGCAAAUGUUUUUUUUUAAAAAUGAUAGACAGGCAAAAAAAAAAAAAAAAAUGCGAGAAUUAAUAUUUGUAGUAAUUUUGUCGUGUACUGGCUCAUUGUCAUGCGUUCACUGUAUGUAGCUUUAAUGGGAUUGUAAGUAUUAUAAUCAAUCCUGUUAAAACUGAUGAUUGCUGCUCGAAACACGCGUUUGAAUUAAAGAGCUUUUAAAAUCAUUUUUUCAUAAUUAUCUUUUAAAUUAUAAGAUAUUAUAUAAAAUAAUAUAAAAAUA